CGUCUCACGCAGGAACUGCCACACCACUACCAACCCGUCCGUCUUUAGCACGGAACUGCACGGAUCGAUUAGCUGCCAGUUUCUAGUUUCGGCCCUCCUCCAGGACUGCCUGAGCCGGUGUUUGAUUGGAUUACAGUCGGCUAGCCUUUACCCUCUAACCUCACUGAUGUUGUCUUGCUGCUUCCUGCUCCCUCGGCUUCCCCUUGCCGACUGACGAAGCCUGCCGAAGCCGCACGGCGAAGCGCCCCGCACGGACACAGCCGGCCGGGACGAGCUGCUGUUACAGCCCGAGGAGAGCGGAGCGGAGAGCCGUGAUACAAACAGGCAGGCGGACGGAAAAAGCUCGCAGCCAUGCGAAGGAAAUCGAGGAUAUUGCUGUGUUUUGCGGUGCUAUGGGUGCUCGGUAUAGCCUACUACUUCUACUCGGGGACAGCGCUGAGUCGAAAGGAUGAGUGGGGCUCCAGUGAAUCUUCCAGAAAUGCUCGCAAUUCUGAUGAUAAGGCCCAAAGCCCAGACACUCUGCCACCAGGCAAGGUGCGCUGGCAGGAUUUUGACCAGGAUCUGUAUGUUGGAGCCACUGUGGUGCGACCAGGUCAGGACCCUUACGCCAGGAACAAGUUCAACCAGGUGGAGAGUGACAAACUCCGAAUGGACAGAGCUGUGCCUGAUACAAGACAUGAUCACUGCAGACAUAAACAGUGGAAGUCAGAGCUGCCGGCCUCCAGUGUAGUCAUCACCUUUCAUAAUGAAGCUCGCUCUGCUCUGCUGCGGACUGUGGUCAGUGUUUUGAAGAAAAGUCCUCCUCACUUGGUCAAAGAGAUCAUUUUGGUUGACGAUUACAGUGAUAACCCGGAGGAUGGAGCGCUUCUGGGAAAGAUUGAGAAAGUACGCGUCCUAAGAAACGAUCGAAGAGAAGGACUGAUGCGUUCAAGGGUUCGCGGGGCAGAUGCUGCCACAGCACCAGUCCUUACCUUUCUGGACUCCCACUGUGAAUGUAAUGACCACUGGCUUGAGCCACUACUGGAGAGAGUGGCUGAGGAUAAGACCAGAGUAGUUUCUCCUAUCAUUGAUGUUAUCAACAUGGACAACUUUCAGUAUGUGGGAGCUUCAGCUGAUCUCAAAGGAGGUUUUGACUGGAAUCUGGUGUUUAAGUGGGACUACAUGACUCUGGAACAGAGACGAGCCAGGCAAGGCAAUCCCAUUGCCCCCAUCAAGACUCCAAUGAUUGCAGGGGGUCUGUUUGUCAUGGAUAAGGAAUACUUUGAGCAGCUGGGGAAGUAUGACAUGAUGAUGGACGUGUGGGGAGGAGAAAACCUGGAAAUCUCAUUUCGCGUGUGGCAGUGUGGCGGCAGCCUGGAAAUCAUCCCCUGCAGCAGAGUUGGCCACGUUUUCAGAAAGCAACACCCAUAUACCUUCCCUGGAGGCAGUGGGACUGUGUUUGCGAGGAACACAAGGAGAGCUGCAGAGGUGUGGAUGGAUGAGUAUAAGAACUUCUACUAUGCUGCUGUCCCCUCGGCGAGAAAUGUCCCUUAUGGAAAUAUCCAGAGUCGUUUGGAGAUGAAGAAGAGAUUAGGCUGCAAGCCAUUUAAGUGGUACCUGGAGAACGUCUACCCCGAACUAAGGGUCCCAGAUCACCAGGACAUCGCUUUUGGAGCCCUGCAGCAGGGAGGAAACUGCCUCGACACCCUGGGUCAUUUUGCUGAUGGGGUUGUGGGCGUCUAUGAAUGUCACAACGCAGGUGGAAACCAGGAAUGGGCCCUGACCAAGGAUAAAUCGGUUAAACACAUGGACCUGUGUCUGACUGUGGUGGAGAGAACAGCUGGAUCUCUUAUCAAACUACAAGGCUGUCGAGAGAAUGACAGCAGACAGAAAUGGGAGCAGAUCGAGUCCAACUCCAAGCUGCGUCAUGUGGGCAGCAACCUCUGCCUGGACAGCCGCAGUGCCAGGAUGGGCGGACUCACUGUGGAGGUCUGCAGCCCGAGCCUGAGCCAGCAGUGGAAGUUCACCCUCAAUUUACAAUCAUAGUGGGUGGUGCAGACCCCAGGAAGACUUUGAUUUUGAAUUGAGACACAAAAAGACUCUGAGACAUAAGAAAAUUAUGAAAGACUCUAGGAGAAUGACAAACUUGAUGAUCUUCCUCCGCAGAGGUGCAGCCAGGAAGGUGAACACCCCUCAUGCCCCUCCCUUAAACAGUGAGUCCACUCGGGGAGGGGCUUGUAGACUAUUAUGGAGCAAACAGACUGUAUUUGCCGAGUGGAAGGGGACGGUGAUGAUCGUGAUGAGGAUAAAGAUGACAAAGAGGCUUUUGUUUCAAACUACAUACCUCAGUGUUUUUCUUUGAUGGUUCCACAGGCAAAGUGAAUUCUUUUUGUUCUUUAAUGCUGGUGAAACUGAACUUUUUGGCAUAACUAUUUUAUUUUCAUAUUCAUAUUUUUAAUUUCUUGUGGUUAAAAGUCCACAGACUUGCAGAAGCUUGUUCUGUUCUUAAAAGAACCUUGUAACAGCGGGUGGAGGCUUCAGGUUGGGGUUUUGGAGAAGUAUGAAUAGUGAUUGAGGUAAAGGGAGGAUAUGGACUUGAUUCCUUGAGCUUUUCCUCUCGUGUUCAUUCUGGUUUAUGGAACUGACAAGGUAAAGAGGUAUUUUCUUUUGAUUUCUACAUAAUUCUCUUCCUUUCUUGUGUCUUAAAGGGUCUGGAUUUGGGUUUUGCAUGGGGUGGGUUAUGCAUCUGGGAAGUGGGGCUCCUGAAAACAAAGUGUCAUGAAGCCCAUCCUGAAAGUUUGACUGUCUUCAGGAUGUAGCGCUAGCUGCUGCAGCAUCUUAACUUAUACAUUUUUACAUCUCUGGGGGAAAAAAAUACAACACAAAAAAAAUCUCUUGUCUUUUUUAUUUUUGUUUGUUUUUUUUUUUUUACUUUUUCAAAAGUUGGAACCAAAUUUUAAAAGUAUGUAUUUGGUUUCAGUAAGACCAGCAGAGCCAUUAAAACUGUUUUACUGUACGUGCUGCUCUCUGACUGCUCCCUGUGGAGCACUUCAUUUGACUGUUUUUGGUUUUCCUCCUCCUUCUUUUUCUUUUCCACAGCACAAAUAAUUUCCUUUGUUUGUGUCUGUGUUGCCAUUGUUAAGAGUUACCAUCAAAUAAUUCUACCCAAACUCUUUAUUUAUACUUGAUUCUAAACUAACAGCUGUUGCCUGUUAACAGAUAAAAAAGUGACAUUCAUGCAAUAACCAAUAUUUUCUGUCUCUCAGAAACAUUUCUCAUCUUUCAAUUCAGCCGUACAUACAGGCAAAGUUUAAAAAACAAAACAACUCAGCACUAUGAAUGCCACCCUGUAAUGAAGUCACUUUUUAAAUAGAUGCAUCAGAGGUCUCUCUCUUUCUUGUUCAGAGUGCAGUCAUCAUGCAAACAAGAAAUCUUGACAGCACUAAAAAGCUCCAUGUAUCACCUGCACACCCCAGGUGCUCUCCAGCAGAAGUGUUUUGCAUUGUGCUUUUUAGAUGAACCACCUGUUCAGCAGUUAGAAACUGCAGUGAACAACAUUUUACCGGUUUUUGCUGUUACAGAGUGGAAAUAAGAGUUUUCUUGUUCAUUCUAGAGCACAUCACAAUGGCAAUUUUUCAUUUUUUGUUACAAAAUAGGGUUACAGGUCCUCUGGACAGCCAUCUGACACAUUUUGUGCUUUUUUUUCAAGGCUAAUCUCUUCUUGGUUUCCUUAUCUCAUCAUCCUUAAUGCUGUGAUCUUCUACUGUUAGUUUUUAGUGAGUAAUGGUGGAGAAAUUUGAUGGUAUUGCUUUUGAUUAAAUUCCGAGACUCAUCAUUUGGCACCUUCAAGGCAACUACAGUAACACAAAUGAUCUCCUUUCUGUACAACAGAAAUGGGUCAUAAUGAUCACAGCACUCAUCUUCGAGUUGAGAGAGACUGCAAAGAAAUCCCAACUUUAAGUCUUUAAUGUAAAAAUAGCGUUUUCUCAGUAGGUCUCCCUUUUUUUCCACACUUAGAAAGCUUCCUGUUUAAAGCUUUCACUGAGCUGCCAAUUACCAGUUAACAGCUGGUUGUGUUUGCCGUCUUGUCUGAUCAUUUUUCUUCUCAGCCUCUUUGUUUUCUAUCAUUUUGUUUCUGCAUCUGAUGUUUGCCUUGUCUCAUCUGUUCCUCUGAAAGUGGAGUGUUGAAAAGGUCAGUUGUAACUAAGCAGUUGCUUAAAACGCCUAUCUUGUGACUUCUUGCUGCAUUGUGCUGCAGGGCACAGUACUCUCAGCCAAGGACCAGGCUUGACCUGUGGAAAGUUUGUUGUUGCCUUGGAGACCAGACCCCAAAUCUGGGUUUCAAUCAGAAUUUGUGCAAAUCAGAUGAAAGUGUCUUAGUUUCUUAAGAAUUAUUAGAGUUUAAAUUUAAAUAUAAUUUCCCCUUAUUUUUGCUUUAAAUCAUGUUCCAAAUCAAAAGCUUUGUGCUAGAAAAGUUAAAAUACACACAAAUUCAGAACAGCAAUGUGAAGACGUGCUUCUGAUGGUUCACAUUUUGUACCCAUGGCCUACUACAUGGUGCAGUGCAGACAGAAGUGUCAGAUCCUGAUUAAAAAUGUUUUUUUUAUGUAAAGAGAGUGUUUUUACUCUGGUUGUAGGAAUGGUACAUUUAUGGUGAAUUAGUUUUCAACUUAAUCUGCAGAUGACUCAAGAUUAAUGCUGCACAAGGAAAUAAUACUGAAAUACUCAUUUGUCUUGCAGUGAUGAUGCUUCUCAGUCAGGUUUCAAUAUAUAAAUAUCUUAAAUUAGAAAGGCAACAUAUUCAUGUUUUGUUCAUGUCUUUACUGUCCUCUAUUGCCAUGUUUUUGUAGGCAGCAAAGACCAAGAAAGGAAAGAUUAAUAUUUGUUAUGUGAAACUUCUGCUGCACAGCUCACAGUAACAGAUUUCUUUCUUUCUCACCUUUUUUAUGUAUUUGAUGGGCUGAGCCUACUUGCAGGUAAUGGAGAUGGAAAAAACGGAGACUGUAAUCAAACUGCACACACACCUGAAUAAUCGGAGCAGUUUACUCUGCAACAACAGUGCACAUGUCAUGUGAAGCCUUUUCUUUUCAAUUAAGUCUUAUUAUUGUGAAAAUUAAAUGUUUGCCAUUUAAUGUUUAAUUUUUUCAUGAUCUUUUCAUGUUUUAUGCAGAGGAUAUUCCAAAUAAUUGCAAAGGCCAGCGCCUCACUUUGAUUGGAUGAUUAAAUGUUUACAUCUUUAGCACAAUGUGCCAAAGUUCCUCUUGAUUUUUUCUGUAUGAAAAAGAGUGAAAAGGGGCAAAAAUCUGCAGUUUUUAAUUCCUAAAGUUUGAAGUCGUUUAGAGUUGCAAGAUGUUGCGCAUCUUUAUUAUUUUCUCCAGUUUUAGUUCAACAUGUAAACAUUGUGGGAGGACUGCUCUUAGCUGCUGAUCCAGUGUCAGUUACAUAACGGGAAUGUGGGUUUUUAAAAAAAAAUGCAAUUUCUUUAUUUAAUGUCUUCAAUCUUGAGCAAGAACACCAGCUGUGGAACACUCGCUGUGGUAGAGCCAACUGUGUUUAGAAACACUUAAGUGAUUAAAACCCUCCUUCAAACGUUAGAGUAAUAUCUGUUAUCUUGUAGAUGGGCAUUUUUACCCAAAUUUAAACACAAGUUAGUAAACAGGAGGUUCCUCACCUCUGAGUCAGGAUGACUUUUUAUUUGUUCUUACUGUAUUUUAAAAGGAAUUAAUCACUGGUUUAUUUAAAAAGAAGAGGAAACUUUUUGUUCUCAGCUUUUCAGGGAGAGUUAGGUCAUGAUUUGUUCUAAAAUUGGGACAUCUUUCCCUCUCGGCUCCCCUCACAUCCCCUCUUAGGAUUAACAGAAGAAGAGCCCUCUCUGCUAUGUGAAAAUCCCUGCUGAAGCACCCAACUCCGGACUGCUUAAGCGUCUCCAUCUUUUGCUUUGAGCACCUGUAACAGUGUAUGUGUGUCAGAGAACAUGCACAUAUCGCAACACACUGUAAAGGGUUCAUUAAUGUCAGAUAACAGCAGUAAUCAGCAGGGAGGGGCAUGAACUAGUGGCAUAGUGUGUGAGGAAUGUGUUUUUGAUGAGUGAAGUUAUUAGUGGGGUGGGUGACAUGACUGGAGGGGUCACACAUGUAAAAGUGUAUAUUUUUGUAUAUACCUACAUCAUUGUGUGUACAGUAUGUACAUAUAUACACAGUGUACUCGGCCGCAGUUCCUAGUUUUGUUGUCAGACUGUACAGCGCUUCUAACUGUUCUGUUUUAUAGAUUCUGCAGAAAUUCAACCUUGAAUGAGGAGAAAUGAUUAACUUAAAUAAAAAGCAUUUAUAUAUAA